AUGGAGAAAGAAACUAUGGAAAUUAAAGAAAAAACAAGUGCUGCGAAUGAAGAAGAAACUGAGAUCAAUUACAGAGGAAUUAAGGCCAUGCCUUUCAUUAUAGGGAAUGAGACCUUUGAAAAGCUUGGAGCCAUUGGCACCCUACACAACCUGCAAGUUUAUUUAACUACUGUUUUCAACAUGAAAAGAAUUACUGCAACAACUCUCCUUAAUGUCUUCAAUGGUACCACAAAUUUUGCUACCUUACUUGGAGCUUAUUUGUGUGAUACUUAUUUUGGUCGUUACAACACGCUCGGAUUUGGCUCGAUUGCCUCCUUUCUGGGAUUGCUGCUGAUAACUUUUACAGCAGUUUUUAACAAGUUACACCCACCCCAUUGUGGACCAGAAGAUAGUCGAUGUAUAGGUCCAACACCGGGCCAGAUGGCCUUUUUGUUAUUUGGUUUCGUGUUCAUGAUAAUUGGGGCAGGCUCGAUUAGGCCAUGUAACUUAGCAUUUGGAGCUGAUCAGUUCAAUCCCAAUACAGAAUCAGGAAAGAGAGGAAUUGACAGUUUCUUCAACUGGUAUUUCUUCACUUUAACUUUUGCUCAGAUGGUAUCAGUUACACUGGUGGUCUAUGUUCAAUCUGAUGUGAGUUGGCCUAUUGGAUUGGCAAUUCCUACUAUUUUCAUGCUCGUUUCGUGUUUUCUCUUCUUCAUCGGUACGAAAAUUUAUGUGAGAGUGAAGCCCGAGGGCAGUCCGUUGACGAGUAUAGCCCAAGUACUCGUCGUUGCCUACCGGAAGAGGCGGCUGAAGUUGGCCUCGCAGCAGCCGUCGCAGCACCUCUUCAACUAUACUCCAUUGAAGUCUAUCAAUUCUAAGCUUCCUUAUACACAGCAAUUCAGAUGUCUUGACAGAGCUGCAAUUGUAACACCAGAAGACCAAAUCAAACCAGAUGGAACAGCUGCCCAUCCUUGGAGACUCUGCAGCAUGCAGCAAGUAGAAGAAGUAAAAUGUGUACUGCGUGUAAUUCCCAUAUGGGCUGCAGCCAUUCUAUACCAUGUUGGUGAAAAACAACAAUACAUAGUCUUCCAAGCAAUGCAAUCCAACAGGCACCUUGGCAGUACAGAUUUUCAAAUCCCGCCAGCAACUUAUGGUAUAUUCUCCAUGUUAACUCUCAGCAUUUGGGUACCUAUAUACGACCGACUCGUCGUCCCGUUUCUUCGAAAGGUUACGAAGAAAGAAGGUGGUAUAACCAUCCUUCAACGAAUGGGAAUCGGGAUAUUUUUUACAGUACUCGAGUCAAUCGUGGCAGGCUUGGUCGAACAACAUCGACGAAAUUUGGCGAUAACCAGGCCAAUCCCAGGAGUUCAUUCCAAACGAGGGGACAUUUCGCCUAUGUCGGCACUAUGGUUGGUUCCACAACUAUCUUUAGCAGGACUAGCAGAGGCAUUUGCAGCCAUUGGACAAGUUGAAUUUUACUAUAAACAGUUCCCAGAAAAUAUGAGAAGUAUUGCUGGAUCAUUUUUCUUUUGUGGGAUGGCUGCAGCAAGUUAUUUGAAUAGUUUCUUGAUUGCAUUAGUGCAUAGAACAACUGAAGGAUCGUCAACUGGAAAUUGGCUGCCUGAAGAUCUCAACAAAGGAAGAUUGGAUUAUUUUUAUUACCUUAUUGCUAUUUUGUGUGGCUUAAAUUUGUGCUACUUUCUUGUUUGUGCCAAGUGGUAUAGGUACAAGGGGACUGGAAGUAGUAUUGUUGCUGUUGAAAUGGAGGCAAAAGAUAUUGACAAAGCUUUAGUCUAA